UGCCUCCCGGAAGUGGAGCUUCAAGGGGCGUCUCCAACCCUUGCGCGGGGGUGGGUUGUCCGGCAGGUUUGGGGGGGCGGCGUGCGCAAGGAAGCCGAUGCGGGCGAGCGGCGCCCGAGAUGGCUUCGGCUGGAGGCGGCGACUGCGAGGGCGGCGCGCCCGAGGCGGACCGUCCUCACCAGCGGCCCUUCUUGAUCGGGGUGAGCGGCGGCACCGCGAGCGGCAAGUCAACUGUGUGCGAGAAGAUUAUGGAGCUGCUGGGACAGAAUGAAGUAGACCACCGGCAGCGGAAGUUGGUCAUCCUGAGCCAAGACAGGUUCUACAAGGUCCUGACCACGGAACAGAAGGCCAAGGCCUUGAAGGGACAGUACAAUUUCGACCAUCCAGAUGCUUUUGAUAACGACUUGAUGCACAGGACUCUGAAAAACAUCGUGGAGGGCAAAACAGUUGAGGUUCCAAUCUAUGAUUUUGUGACCCAUUCAAGGUUAGCAGAGACCACGGUGGUCUACCCCGCAGACGUGGUCCUGUUCGAGGGCAUCCUUGUCUUCUACAGCCAGGAGAUUCGGGACAUGUUCCACCUGCGUCUCUUCGUGGACACCGACUCUGACGUCAGGCUGUCGCGAAGAGUUCUCCGGGAUGUGCACCGCGGCCGGGACCUGGAGCAAAUCCUGACGCAGUACACCACCUUCGUCAAGCCGGCCUUCGAGGAGUUUUGCCUGCCGACGAAGAAGUAUGCUGACGUGAUAAUCCCUCGAGGGGUUGACAAUAUGGUGGCCAUAAACCUGAUCGUGCAGCACAUCCAGGACAUCCUCAACGGCGACGUCUGCAAAUGGCACCGCGGAGGGGCCAAUGGGCGCAGCCACAAGAGGACGUUCCCCGAGCCGGGAGACCACCCUGGGGUGCUGACCUCUGGCAAACGGUCGCACCUGGAGUCCAGCAGCAGGCCCCACUGAGGAGCGGGGUGCUUGGCUCCUGGUGGGUCCAGAGGUGCCUGUCUGCCCCUAAACACGCAACCACAGACGGGGUGGCGUCCGGGUCCAGGCAUCCCUCGCUAAUUCGGGAAGCCUGGACGAGUUAUUGAGACCAGGUCGGAGAGGACGUCUGCGGGCAGCCCUGACGUGCUCACCCGCUUCCUCACAUCACAGAGGCGUACAGGUCUCUUCAGUUACUGAGGAACCCACAGGACAUGCGGUAAGCAAGUCACGUGUUCUGGGGAACGCUGAAGAAAUAGCCCAGACGCUGGGGUUGUGACGGUGAACCGCAGUGAGGCUAGUAUGAGCUGGUUCACACACGUGUAACUGAAACAGAAGUUUAAAGAGAGAACACUUUCCCAUUUUAUGUGUUAUACGACCUGUUUUCUGUUUUGUUCUGUUUCCUAACACCGUGCUCGCCGUGACCUAGCAACCCACUGUCGUGACCCACCAGCGGCUCGUGACCCUGGUCCACACGGAUCCGGUACACGAGAGCCACAGAGGCUUCCUUCCAGUCUGUGCUCCGAAGGCAGAGCCGGGAGGGAGCUCUGGGGAGCAGGCUUUCCCCUAACCAGCACCAGACAUGUGGGCGGGCCGUACCUGCCCGCCCGGGCCUGCUGCUGGCGAGCACGGCGUCCCCGUGCAGUCCUGCUCGGGGCCCGAGCCCAUGCCGCUGUCUGCACCGGCCUUUCCUGGGGUCGCUCUCGGCCAGGUCAAGGGCACACUGCCUCCAGUCAAGGCGUGUGUGCACCAGAGAGGUGUGCGCAGACACCGCAGCCCGAAGGCAGCCAGUCCCCUGCACUCAGCCAGCGUCCGCGCCUCACAAGCACCCGUGGUCUUGUCCUGGUCUGUCCUCCCUCCCACGUGGCGGCUGUUUCUGUAGAAGCCACCAGCUGUCAAUUAACUGUAGUUACACAGACGUCAGCUGAGCGUGGCUGAGCACGGUGGCUCGUGUCUGGUGACUAUGUGACAGUUUUGUCAAACUUAUUGUGCCCUUUUGGAGAGCAAUCCAAUAAAUAACACCAAAUAUGA